AUGCUCCUGAUACUGAACAUCCUAAUGGUCCUUCUCUUCCGGUGUCACGGCCUGGCGUCAAACAAUUGCGCCUUCAACUCGAUGUGCAUUUGUUCGGCGGACCAGAACGACCCCAACGCCAAAACAAUCCACGGUGUCAGCUGUCUGACAGUGCCAUUCUACAAGUUUCCAAGUCUACCUGAGUACAGCAUAGGCCAACUGGAGGUGGUAGGAACGAAAACUGCCGUCCUAGAGUCUGAAAGUCUCACGGCCUUCCAGGUCCAAGCACUCAUAUUGACCAAUAACCAGUUGCAGCACGUGGCGGAUCGAGCUUUCAGUUCCCAAUGGAAGAGCCUGACUUCGCUAGAUCUGAGCUAUAAUCAGCUAGACAACAUUCCGUUCCUCGCACUCAAAGAGCUUCGGAAUCUACAGUGGAUUAAUUUGCAUGGAAAUCAAAUAGCAUCGGUAAACGGAGCAUGGUCCCACAUGAAAAACACAAUAGCCACUCUCUUUCUUGGCGAAAACGAUCUCACUGAAAUCUCUACUGAAACUGCCAAUCACAAUCCGAAAAACUCACAUACACUCCAACAGUUCAAAUCCCUGAUUUGGCUCAACUUGGAUGGAAAUAGAAUACAUAAAAUCCAUGAACGCUCUCUUCCACUGACCCUGAAAACAAUCAGUAUUUCCCACAAUUUAUUGGAUAGAUUCCCUCUUGAACUGAUAAAUUCUGUGCACUUGCAGUGGCUUUAUUUGAGAGGUAAUCACAUCGAAACAUUGCCUAGAUACACGUCAUCCAGGAAACUAUGGCUGGAAAAAAUUGAUCUUGGUGAGAACUAUCUAGAGGCUCUACCACGACACCCCUUCAAUAAGUCUGUGUGCAUAAGAGACUUCAAUUUAGCACAUAACGACUUUAAAACAGUGACUGCUGAUAGUUUUUCCGGUCUCAAUACUGGGAAAAUCAUAUUCUCGCAUAACUUACUGGAAACCAUGGAAGAAAGUGCAUUUAAUGGCAUAGUGAGAACAUUAGAAUAUCUGGAUCUCGAUCAUAAUAACCUCGAAAGAAUCCCAAAUGCACUUGAUGAUUUGGAAUCUCUGAAGUAUUUAUAUCUCUCAUCGAAUUAUCUGACUGAGAUUCCAGAUAACUCCUUCCAGAAUUUUUGCCAUACUCUAAAGGCACUGAGUUUGAGUGGAAAUUAUUUCACAAAGAUACCGUCCAACGCUUUACAAAAUUGUUCGAAAAUUUCCCACUUCAAUAUCGCAUUCAACAAGAUAUAUGAGAUAGAUGAGAAUGACUUCGUGAGUUGGGGAGACAAUAUAAAAAGCCUGAUUUUAGCUAAUAAUAGAAUAACUAAUUUGAAAGAUAAGGUUUUCUCGGGAUUGCAGGAACUGAAGGAACUUAGUCUGAGCUUUAAUCCAUUAAGACAGAUCGAUAAAGAUACAUUUGUCGGGCUGGAAAGCCUGGAAAGUUUAGAAAUUUCUUUCGGCUUUGACUCGGAUGAUUUAUCUCACGAGAUUUUUGCACCGCUCGCGAACUUGAAGUGGCUUUCAAUUGACAACAAUAACUUUAACAUUUUAUCUCCACAGGCAUUCGAAACGUUGCCAGAGCUGAAAUACCUCAAUCUGGAAUCAAACAGGAUCCAAUCGAUCCCUGUCAUGUUACUGAAGUCUUCCGUUCAUUCUAGACUCAGAGAUGUACGAUUUUCGAACAACGAGUUGACUCUAAUUGAAAGUUCGACGUUUAGGUCGAUGGACAGUUUGGAGACGAUUUUGUUGUCGAAUAACAGGAUAAAACAUCUCCAAAGUGAAUCUUUCGUUGAUCUUCCCAGUCUGAAUAAACUGAUGCUUUCUGAUAAUUUUCUCACCAGCAUCAAGCACAAUACUUUCAGGAAUUUACCAAGCAUAAUGAAAAUUGAUUUGCAUAAUAACCUUUUAGUGGAUUUUUCAUUCAAAAUAUUCACUAACGUAUCUGGUCCAUUGCAACUCAAUUUGAGCAGAAAUUUCAUAUCUUCUUGUCAAUCAGAUUCAACGAUAAUGAGAGUAGAAAUUAUUGAUCUGAGGUACAAUAAUUUGGAUCGGGUUCCGAAAUGUCUGGAGCAUACUUCAUCACUCAGAAAGCUUUAUUUGGAUUUUAAUAUAAUUUCUUUUUUGGAUCAAAGUGUAUUCAUGUUUCUCACGUCCUUAGAGUAUUUGAGUUUGCAACAAAAUAAUGUGAAAACAUUGAAUAAACGAGCUUUUCUUGGAUUGCAGAAUCUGCAGUUCCUAGAUUUAUCAAAAAAUCUAAUCAAUCAGGUACACGUCAGUCAGUUUUCGAAUAUGUCGAAAUUGCGCUUACUGAAUCUAAGUGGAAACAUUUUGAAUUACUUAUCGAAAGAUAUCUUCAAGAAUACCUCUUUGGAGAUGUUAGAUCUCAGUUAUAACUCUUUCUCAGUAGUGCCAAGUUCGAGUGUUUCUGACGUGGGGUACACUCUACGUUAUUUGUCACUGGGAUGUAACAAUAUCGAACACAUAGAUAUAACAACAUUUCCGGACAUUCCAUCUCUCCAGCACAUGGAUUUGAGCAACAAUAAAUUGACAAUCUUGCCCGAUAAUGUUUUCACCAGCCUCGGAUUAUUGCAGACUCUCGACUUGAGUUCGAACCCCUUGAGAUCCAACUUCAAGGAAUUAUUUCAUUAUGCGCAAAGUUUGAAGCAUCUCAAUUUGGCUUAUUCCGGCAUAAAAUCCACUCCACAUUUUCCAUUACCUAAUCUAGUCCACUUGAAUCUAUCUCAUAACCAGAUUGAGGUAAUCAGUAGGAAUUCUGUACAGUUCUUGUUCAAAUUGAGACUGCUAGAUUUGAGUUAUAAUAGUCUAUUUUCUGUGCCCUCGCAUCUGUGGAGUUACCUUCCGCUCUUGAAAAUCCUGGAUCUUUCGCAUAAUCCAAUUAAAGAGUUGUUAGCGGACAGCUUUCAUGGAUUGACUAAUUUGCAAGAACUGAAUGUGCAAUAUUUGAAUAGUUUAAAUAGAUUUGAGAGCACGAGUAUUUUACAGCUGCGAAUAAUUUCUAAGCUUUCCAUGCAGACAUGGCCUAGAAUUGACGGAUUUUCGAAGGAAUUCUGUCAUUUACUUUCCCGUCUUACUCAGUUGAGGAAACUGAGAAUCAGUGUGGUGGACAGUGUAUUGGAUGAUCAAUUGCAAUGUUUGACGAAUAGGAAAAUCAGACAUCUAGAAGUGACUGGUGCCAAUUUGAAAUUCAUAGAGAAAGACGCUUUUUCGGGAUUCAGAAGAAAUCCUGAGCUGACCAUAAAGAUCCACGGUACGAAGAUCGAAGAACUACCUUCAGGACUGUUUUCGAAUAUGUACAGAAUAUCUCAUUUGGCUAUAGAUUUGAGGUACAAUGCACUGACUCACUUGCAUCCUGAGGUGUUUUAUGGGAAUCUUAGUAGAUGGAACGAUGUCGGUACAACCCUCAUAUCAGGUGGCCUCUUCAUCUCUGGCAACCCCUUCCGCUGCGGCUGUCAACUUUCCUGGCUCAGCCACUGGCUGCGUCGUUGGGCCAGGGAAAGUGUACAGUCCCACAACACGCCAGUCGAGACGGCCCUGAGAAUAGACGCGGCCAUCAAGGAGGCCAGCUGCAUCGACGUGGCCACGGGCAUGCGCGUGCCCAUUGUGGAGCUCGAGCCGGAUGACAUGAGCUGUCACGCGAGCGCCCUGAGCGAUUCGGCGCAGUCCAAUGAUAUUUCUGUGAUAUUUGUUACGCUGCUGUUCGCGGUUGAGUUUUUGCGGUAG